AUGGUCCGCAUCAUCCCUGGACGACUCAAGUCCAGCUCUUCCCUCCGCCAUAGCCGCAGUAGUAGCCCAACUCGUAACAACAGCAAUAGCAGCACCAGCAGUAACGGCAAGAUGGGAGAAUUGAGCCCAAAAGACAAUGGCUUGACCUUGAAGGUCGUCAUUAUGAAGGCCCGAAAUCUCGCUGCCAAGGACAGAAGCGGCACAUCCGAUCCGUUUCUCGUUGUCACCCUCGGUGACGCCAAAGUCACGACACACGAAGUUCCCAAGACGCUGAACCCGGAGUGGAACGUCAUCGAAGAGCUGCCCGUAAACACGACCCAGAGCCUCAUCCUCGACGUAAUAUGCUGGGACAAGGAUCGCUUUGGCAAGGACUACCUGGGCGAAUUCGACCUCGCUCUGGAGGAGAUCUUUGCCGAUGAGCAGAACGAGCAGCCCCCGAGAUGGUACCCUCUGAAGAGCAAGAAGCCCGGCAAGAAGACGAGCGUUGUGUCUGGUGAGGUCAUGUUGCAGUUUACCCUUUUCGACCAGUCCAACACCGCCGCAACCCGCGAGCAAGUCUUCGAGAAGUUUUACUCCCUCGUCAGCCAAGUGCCCGCUGGUUCUAGACAAAUUACGCCCACCAUGACGCCACUGAUUCAGCCUAUCAAGAACAUGCGCGUGCGCAGCGGCACCACACCCUCGCCCCCGUUAUCGCGAAAUGCCACCGACGACCAGGAAGAGGAUGACGACGAUGAUCUCGAUAUCGAAGAUGAUACCCCCGAAGACGAAGAUCCGAGCAAGCCUGAGGCCGCUGAGAAGCGCAAGCGCCGCCUCAGGAUCAAGGGACUGAAGAAGAAGAGAAGAGACCACGCGUACGAAUUCAAUAACAGUGGAAGUGACGUAGUGGGCAUAAUCUACCUCGAAGUCCUGAACAUCACCGAUCUCCCUCCCGAGCCCAACUCCACGCGAACCACAUUCGAUAUGGACCCGUUCGUUGUCGCGUCUCUCGGCAAGAAGACAUACCGAACAAAACGAGUGCGACACAACCUGAACCCCGUCUUCAACGAAAAGAUGAUUUUCCAAGUCCAAGGCCACGAGCAGCAAUACUCAUUCGCCUUCACUGUUAUGGAUCACGACAAGUACUCCGGAAAUGACUUCAUCGCCGACUGCAACUUGGCCGUCAGAGAGCUGAUCGACAAGGCCCCGAAAGCUGACCCGGAGACUGGCCUCUAUGACGUACCCGAGCCUGCCGAGUUCGUAGCCCCGCAGCAGCGCCGCUUCAAAAAGCUCGCAAUGUCGCGCACAUCUUCGUCUCAGAGCCUGAGCAAGGUGGUACGGCCGUCCCUGUCCAAGAACCCUAGUAGCACUUCCGGCGCGCCUGGAGGAAGCCAGUCUGGAACUGCGACGCCUACGCCUGCCACUCAGCCUGGAGGUCUGAACCCCGAGUUCCUGUCGCCCGAACAAGCUCUCGCUGGCGCUGGAGCCCAGACUGCGGAAGCGCAGCAGUCUGAAGAAGUAGACUUCCAUGACUUCAGCAUUCCCUUGAAGAUGAAGGACGCCAAGAAGUGGGAAGACAAGCACAACCCAGUCCUAUACAUCCGCGCGAAGUACGUUCCCUACCCUGCUCUUCGUCAGCAGUUCUGGCGAUCCAUGCUCAAGCAGUACGACACGGACGAGAGUGGCCGCAUCAGCAAGAUCGAGUUGACGACAAUGCUCGACACUCUGGGUUCCACGCUGCAUGAGUCGACAAUCGAUGGCUUCUUCAAGCGCUUUCCCCACAGGGAAGAAGGCGACGAGGUCGGAGAUCUGACGAUGGAUGAGGCCGUGCUAUGCUUGGAGGACCAAUUGGAGGCCAAGAGCAAGCCUGUCACUGUGACGCAGAAGAUGAAGGGCAUGCUGCCAGAUGCCGACAAGGUCAAAAAUCUUCUGUCAGGGCCAGGACACGCCCAGCCUGGUCUUUCGACAGAGGCUUCAAGUUCCUCCGAUGGUACUCUCAACGUGCCGGAACUGAGCACUCCGGGCGAGGAGGGUGACCUCCUUGACAAGGACGACCUGGCUGAGGAUCGAUCUGGCGAAGAGCAUGUGGUCGAGAUCAGAGAAUGUCCAAUCUGCCACCAGCCGCGCUUGAAUAAGCGCAAGGAUACCGACAUCAUCACGCACAUUGCCACAUGCGCCAGCCAGGAUUGGCGACAGGUGAACAACCUCGUCAUGGGCGGUUUCGUCACCGCCAGCCAGGCCCAACGCAAGUGGUACUCCAAGGUUAUCACCAAGAUCUCUUACGGCGGAUACAAGCUUGGAGCCAACUCGGCAAACAUCUUGGUCCAGGACCGCAUCACGGGCCAGAUCAACGAGGAGAAGAUGAGCGUUUACGUGAGACUUGGAAUCCGUCUCCUGUACAAAGGACUCAAGUCUAGUAACAUGGAAACCAAGAGGAUUCGUAAGAUGCUUAAGAGCAUGAGUAUCAAGCAAGGCAAGAAGUUUGACGAUCCGGCCUCCAAGGCUGAGAUUCCCAAGUUCAUCGAAUUCCACCGUCUCGACAUGUCGGAGGUUCUUCUGCCGCUGGAAGAGUUCAAGAACUUUAACGAGUUCUUUUACCGAGCUCUGAAGCCCGAUGCUCGCCCAUGCUCUGGUGCCGAGCGUCCGGAUGUCACCGUUUCUCCCGCCGACUGUCGCAGCGUCGUGUUCAAUAGUGUGAACCAGGCCACCAACGUUUGGAUCAAGGGUCGCGAGUUCUCGAUCAAACGCCUUCUCGGCGACGCCUACCCUGAGGAUGUCAAGCGCUUCGAGAACGGUGCACUCGGCAUUUUCCGACUGGCGCCGCAAGAUUACCACCGUUUCCACAUUCCUGUUGACGGUAUCUUGGACAAGCCGAAGACCAUUGCCGGAGAAUACUACACUGUCAACCCGAUGGCUAUCCGCUCAGCCCUCGACGUGUACGGAGAGAACGUCAGAGUUCUUUGCCCGAUCGACAGUCCUGUGCACGGCCGUGUGAUGGUCAUUUGUGUCGGCGCCAUGAUGGUUGGCAGCACCGUCAUUACCCGCAAGGAGGGCGAGCAGGUAAAGCGAGCUGAGGAACUUGGCUACUUCAAGUUUGGCGGUAGCACUAUCGUAUUGUUGUUCGAGCCCGGCAAGAUGGUCUUUGAUGAUGACCUGGUGGACAACUCGAACACCGCCCUUGAGACUUUGGUUCGCGCUGGCAUGUCUGUGGGACACGCGCCUGGCACACCGCAAUGGGCGCCGGACAUGCGCAAAGACGAGAAGGACAUCACCGAGGCGGACAAGAAGGACGCCAAACGACGCAUCGGUGGCAGCCUUACCGGAGAGGAGUCUUCAAGUGGCGACGAAACUCCUGGCAACGGCACCGACAUCAACACGCAUGCUGCGUCCGCCAUGUAA